GGAGGGAUCAGCUGUAUUGACAAAUAAGAACCAGCUGACAGUUGUUUUCAUGAGACAAUAUAGGCCUGUAUUCUGUGAAAUACACCAGUGUACUUAGAUACAUCAGGAUCAUUCGAAGCAUUCCAGGAUUUGCACAAAAAAUGGGAAUACCCCCAUGCAGGCGGAACCCCACAGAUCCAUUUUAGUUUUAUUUCUUCCUCUUUUCAUUGGCUUAUUACUGGUUGGAGGGAAUCGGUGUGAGUGCACUGUACUUACGCAACAGCGAGCAUCACUCGGCAGCGGGUUCGCGAGGCAAGGACGAAAUUAAAGCAGGCAUUUUUGUAUUCCAUUUUUGUCUAAUCCCACUGAUUUCUGAAGGGAUUACCGGACCAAUCAUGACUAAGAGACCGCUGGCUCGCCUGACACUGCUCGGACUGGGAGCUCUGAGUGGGAACACAACCUAGGAUGUGGAGGAAUCUUGUUUGAUUUCAUUUUUAUUUUUAUCACCCGGUGGGGACAGUUCCUUGUUGUUCUUGCUUAUGUUGUUAACCGACCUGAGGAUUCGUGCAGCCAUAUCUGCACGGUUGGCGCAGGUUUUUUAACAUGGAGGACAACUUUAAUUUGUGCAGUUAAACCAGAAUUUAUGGCAACUUUUUCGUGAUGGACAACGCUGGAAUUGUGUUUUAAAGUCCUCACGAAAUAUCCAGAAUCUGUCUGGACACUUUUGUGCAUGACCAGCUCAUGGAGGAAGAGAAAGACUCUGAAAAUAUCCCUGCGAAAUCCAGCUCCCCUUCACCCACCGGGAUUCCCAUUAACUGGGGGCUCAUCACUGGCCCGGUUCCUGAGCCGGUUUUCCCAGCGCCCUCUUUAAACACCUCACUCCCUCCCUCUCAGAGUUCAGCCGUGCACUCACUACAGACCAAGGUGAAGUCGCUCACACAGAGGAGGGCAAGAGGUAGGGACAGGGACAGAGACAGGUUGGACCCAGAGGUGCCAGUGAGCAGUUCAGUUGGGCAGAUUUCGUCUGAAGUCCUCCUCAGACAAAGACCCAGAGCUAAAGGUCAGCUACCUCUGCCUGCUUCUGCAUGGCGAUCAGGUGCAGCAAAGGUCUUAAGCAGUAGUGAUGAAGAGGAGGAAGUCGAGGUGCUGGUGAGGUUGGAGAUCCACAGUCCUCCGGCUGAAGCACAAACAGAGCCGGGGGGAGAGGAAGAGAAGAAGUCGGAAAACGAUGAGGGCCAGGCCGGCUUCCAGACAGGGCAGCCUUGUGGGCUCAGGGAGGGCACCAGUCUGGAGAGUCUUCUGUCUGACAACUCAAGCAGUAGCAAAGAUGACCCGUCCACUCCUCCUCCUCCACCUGUGCUCUCCUGCACUCCUGCUGCCACCUCUGCUUCUACAACACCUACAACUUCUUCCUCGACGGCUUCCUCCUCAACCCGACACUGGGCCCCUCCAAAGGGCUUCUGGAGAGUAGCGCGUCCAGAAACACUGCUUCUCAAUGGGGUCGGCCCUCACAACAUACCCUCCACUUUACCUUUGAAGGACUACACUCAGAUCGACACACUGGCAGAGCCUCAGAGGAAGGCUAAAGCGGCCGAAACAGGCAACAGGAAUGACGUGGGAACUUUGGCGGAUGACUGCAAAGCAUCUUCAGAAAUUAAACACUCGGAUAGUGUGGAAUGCUACCUGGACAGGUGUGAGCAGAAGGAGACAGAUAUGAUUGAUCCCAGUAAAGAGCUGUGCAGUUCAGACAGCUGGGAAAGCAUGUGUUCACAAAGUGGAGUGCCCAGUGCUGAUGAGAGACUGAAGGUGAAGGAACGGGCUUAUGCAAAGUUAAGGGAAAGACAACAAAACUGCAGAGAGGAGAGAGAACAGCAUGGAGGAGAGAGUGCUGGUUAUUAUGGAGAUGCAACAUAUAGAGUGGAGCAUAAAGGUGCCCAUGGUGUUCUGGACAGCUCAGACUCAGUCAUUCUUGCUCAGGAACUUGAACCCUAUUUAAGGUCGCUACUUGUAAUCAGCGAUGAUCUACCUCUAAGCCCAAGACAUGAGCAGGCCAAACGUCUUCUGGAGCGAGCAAGGCUCAAAGCUCGCUCCAGUCAUGUUAAAGGCGAUCGACCGUGCAGACGCUCUCAUUCUGAUCAGAGAUCCACUGUAUGUAGCCAAAUUCACUCAACUCUAUCCAUUCCCUUUGUUGUUUAUUCAUCUGCUAGAUUUUUAUCUCUGUACUCAUUUACAUCUUUCUCUCUCUAUUUCUUGAUCAUCAGGUCGCUACUUGUAAUCAGCGAUGAUCUACCUCUAAGCCCAAGACAUGAGCAGGCCAAACGUCUUCUGGAGCGAGCAAGGCUCAAAGCUCGCUCCAGUCAUGUUAAAGGCGAUCGACCGUGCAGACGCUCUCAUUCUGAUCAGAGAUCCACUGUGAAGAAGCAGCAAGUUGAAUCUCCCAGUCCCACAACAGUGCAGAAAGCUGUUCAAACCAAAGAAGACCUUCUGGCUCAAGCUGCAUCUGGGCCCCUCCUGGUCCCCACUCAAAGAGACACUUCUCCUAGUGACUCCGGAGGUCGAUCCAGACGGUAUGGUUGUUCGCCCACUCGUGUACGCUUUGAGGACGAAUCAGAGAAAGACGCAGAGUCUCGCUAUUUGGAUAGAGUGAGGCAACGUGGAAGGCCUGGGAUGCCUAAGUCCAAGAGUAAAGAAAGCAACACAGAUUCUAGCAGUAGUGGCUCAGAGAGGAGCAGAAGCCACAGAAGCAUCUCUAUGCCACCUUCACAGAAGCAGGAAGAUGUGGGUGUUAGUGUUGAAACCACAACAGUCAUUAAAGAGAUAAUAGUGCUGGUGAAGAAAUGUGAGACAUGUGGUUCUGUAGUCAGGGAACCUCAGCCAGUCUCCUCCCCAUCAGAUCCACAGAAUUCUGAGCUGCUGCUGUCUGGAAACUCUGAAGAACCCCGAGGGAAAGCUCCUCCUCGAUCAAACAAACCAGAAGCAAGUACUCGUCCCAAAGCUCCUCUGACUGUCACCUUUGCCGGAGCUUACGUGCUGGGUGAAAAUAAAGAAAGUAGCACAGGAUGGAAGUCAUCAGGUUUUGGGAAACUUAGGAGAAGGAGCAGGAAAGGAGAAAGUCGGUUAGAAUCUGGACACGGUCCCUAUGGUCCGUCAUGGGCUCAGCGGCGUAACUCUAAUCCAAGGAACAGGGUCAACCUGAGCAGAGCUGUUUCAUUUGCUCCUGGGAGCCCUAUUGCUCUGGAGCCUCGUUUGCUGGAGGCAUCAGGUGGACUAAGGGAAUCACCACCUCCAUCGUUGCCUAUCAAAUCAGCCCUAAAAUCGAGUUCAAGAAAUCGCUCUGCGGCAGGUCAGUCCACGGUUCAGUUCCAGGUGGCCUCAAAUCAGGGUGGAGAGAGCGGAUCUCAGUCCCUCCUGGACUCUCCAGAUACAAGACGGGAGUCUCCGGUGUCUUUAAUCCAGGGGGUGCCUGCAACUAGCAGCCCAGUGCCCUGUAUCAGGCCUUCCACUCUGAGGUACUCCACCGCAAGACUCCCCUCAGACCUGCCAGCUGCUGAACUCUGGGACGCCACUCCAGAUGGAGCAGCAGGUCUGAGUGGAGAUGCUGGUCCUGGUUCAGACUGCCGGGCUCUGCGUGGCCUGGCGAUGUCUCGGGCUGAAGAUCUCAGAGCAGAAUUGUUGAGAGCUGAACAUCUGAAAGCUGAGGCGAUAUGGGAGGAAAACUCUGAUGGGUCUAGAAAAAUGGAUGGACGGCCUAAGCUCUUCCUGCGCCGCUUCUUUUCCUCCAUUGGUCUGAACAGCGUUGGUCGACUUGUGAAAGGAGCUCGCUCCAGUAGUAUGGAGCAGCUCAGUAUCCCCACAGCCCCCCGGGCGAGUUCAGCUUCACCAAGCCCCACACGCAGACCUCAGCCCACCAUCCGCAUACAGAGGACACCCUCACUGCAGACCCUGCACACGGUGCUGCCACUGGCCCAACUGCGUAAAGCCUCCUCUGUGCAGAGUUUAGAGAGAAGAACAGAGCGUUCAACAAUACUUGGAGAGGUGCAGAUACCGUAUGGCCUGGCACCCAGCCCUGAUAGUCCUCAGCUUGACCUCCACAGAGCACUGAGUGUUGAAGAUGUACUUGCCUCUAGAAUGGUGCGUCCUGUGGGUCGGGUCACACAGGCUUUCCCUGAUGGGACUCUCCUCCUGGAGCUCAUCAAACCCCCAAAUGGUCCUUUUGGUUUUGUCAUUUCAAGGGGCAAAGGUCGACCAGACACAGGUGUAUAUGUUGAGAAAGUGGGUGACGGUAGUGGUGAAGGCCCGUACGUCGGCCUCCUUGGCAUUGGGGAUGAAAUUCUGCAGGUGAACGGAGAAGCAGUGGCUGGACUCAGUCUGGACCAGGUGACUCGGCUCAUGACCCGGGAAAGCACUGCUUCCCUUCGGAUCAUGCCGGCCCGACGCAUUCAGCGCUGACUGGCAGCACGGACAUGGCAUACUGCCCCCGCUCUUGGAUAGUAACCGACCACUGCAAACACAGCGGACUGACUGUACCAUAUAGAUGUGACAUAGUCCGUAUACAUUACAGUGCAGCUUCACAUACACUUACACGGAAUAUCAGAGUUAGAGGUUAAUUUCUCAUAAUGCAAACCAAUGCUUGACAAUGUGCCACUGCAAACGACUGCAAUAGCAAAAGUACAAAACCAAACAAAUACAGCAGCACCAAUGACUGUUAGUAAGAACCUCUGAUUAUUUAUUAUAAUUCUAAUCAGUAGCUAAGACUAGAAUAAUUUAAGUCCAGCACAAUGUGUUUCUGUUCACAGGUUUGUUUUUUAUGACCAGAUUUAGAUGAGUAGGGACAGAUUUAUACAACUCCAUUGUUUUCUCAUUAUAUCACAUAACAUUCCAAAUUCUUCAUAGCAUAUUUUAAACUCUGUACAGAUCCAUUAAUAUUGUAUAUUUUUUCAAAUGAUUGAUGAUCUGUAGGCCACAUUUUAGCAUGUGCAUUCCUCAUUAAAGCACUGUGUGCACAAGCAACAAAAAACAAAUAAUUGUCUUGUAUUUUUUCAGUGCAUCACGGUCUGCACGGUCCCUAUAAUAUAUGCUUGUGCUGUAUCACCUGUUCUGUCAUGAACAUGAUUGAUGCCCGUUUGCUUCUGAAUAAAAAUGUUUUAUUUUGUCCAACUUUUC